AUGUUUGGAAACACAAUCCAAAACUAUGCCAGUGGUUUGGAAAUAAGUGGCUGAAAUCAAAAGAGGUAAUAUUUAUUUUAAUGAUGUCACAAACCAUGCUGUUCAUCUUACAAGUACUUGUGGAUAUGGAAGUGAAGGAAAGUAACUGGAGCACAACUUUAUUAACAGUAAUGCAAUCAAACAUCUAUAACGUGGCCCAGGGUGCAAAGAAAGUAGUGUCCGAUAGCCCAGGGCUAGUGGAUUUUCCUAUCGUGCUAGUGAAUUCUGUCUUUAACUUUCCUGACAGGCAAGUGAUGUUUUUUGAGGAAUUCGAGCAACAGAAGAACUGUGAAAUCAAUUCUGCUCGUCAAAAAGCUUUUGGGGCUAGUUGAAAUGACGUCCGGGCUAGUAAAUGCUAGCUUCAGCUUCCCCGAAUGGCAAGCUGUAAAAAUGAUUUUCUUUGCACCCUGAUGUGGCCUUCUGGUUUAUUCAUGCUAUUGUCCAAUUUUCUCAAAUACAGAGGUGGGUGUGCGCAUUCUGGAAAGAGGGCUUCAAUGUGAGAGUAAACACAAACAACGGAGUUGAACGGCAGAACAAACUGUUUAAAUACAGUUACCUGAAAAGCCACAAGAACAACAGCCUGACUGUGAUGCUUACAGUUCUUAUUGAGGAUUUCCUGCCAGACAAUUACAGCAGGUUAGUUGAUACAAUAAGUGUAUUCUAAGUACAGCACCAUGAAUAAUAUAUAUGAAUAAUAAUAUUAUUUUAUUUUUUAUCUCUCUUUAUAUCAACCAAAAGUUGUCUGCUUUUGGUCUUCUUUAAAUUAAAAUAUAAUAUACAUUAAAUACAUAUUUGCACAAUGGUUGCUAAAGAGAAAAAAAUGCUACUACGUUGUCUCUACAAUGCUGUUUUGUGAGCUGUUACACUCACUCAUCAGGAGACUUAAAUGGGAAGAAUAUUCACCAGCAAGGAAUAUAUUAUAUAUUAGAGUAUUCCCUAGGGUAUUGCUAGUUGAAAUGUAAUAUAGCGCUUUGUUUCUGUGUGUAUAUAUAUAUAUAUUACUAUGACUAAUCAAUAUGAGUAGAUAUGGAGUGUAAUACAAAUUUGUUUUGUGGAACAACAGAGUUGGUCCACUCAUCAAAGUACCCUAUUUGCAGGGUAACGUUUAAAAUAACUACUCACCUCAGUGACACUGAAGACGAAGUGUUUAAAACCUCAGUAAAUCCUUAUAAACCUCAGCUCAUAGUGUUGCUUUUUGCGGUAAAAGACUGAAAGCUCGUGUAUCUCCUCUUAUGUAUACAUUAUCGUUAUGGAUACACGAAGAAGCUGUGGCGGUCCGCUGACCUGGAAACCUCAUCCAAUAAGCUUUGAUCGUAAUUUACCCUCUUCCUAUUCGGUCGUGCAGUAUAAUUCUUUAAUGUUGAUGAUUUAAUUAAGGUUUACAACGUUUACAAUUAACGUAAAUUUUAUUUGUUGCAAAAAAGGUAAGGACAAAACUGUGUUUUUUACCGAAAAUUUCUGGAGUUGAAGUGGCUCCCUGUUUGUUACCAAAAAUUUCUGGCGUCAAAGUGACUCCCUCCGUAACCUCUGUGGAGUCAUCUGAACAAUUUUGGCAUAAAAUACGCCAAAUUUGGCGUAUUUGCGAACCCUGUAUUUGAUUCAAUCAACCAUCAAACAAAACUGACAUGAAAGGAACAUUUAAAAGUUACCAGUAGUGAUCAGAUUCCUACAUGUAUACGUUUCAGAUAUGUAGAGAAGAAUGUGAGGUUCAGCUCCUUGUAUCAAAAGUACAACCAAAAUAUUCCCCAGUUCCUGGUGAACAGGCUGAGACAUCUAGUUGUGCAUUGCAUGGAAAGAUGGGAGGUUGCAAAGAACAUACCAAAAAGCCACAUCACAAUAAUAGAUGAUGUAACUGGUGAGUUCAAAGUGAAGAGUCAGUUGGAGCAAACUGCAAGGUACAACCUCCAGUUUGGAGAUCCCUCCAGCAUGCCAAAGUGUGAGUGCCCUGACUGGUUGCAAACAUUCUUGCCUUGCAAGCACUUCCUUGCCAUUUUCCACCAUCUUCCUACCUGGCAAUGGGACAGUUUGCCAACCAGUUACAGAGAAUCACCACUAUUGCUCCUGGAUAAUGAUGUUAUG